CUUUGAGGACACUGCAUACCCCCUCCCGCUCCCAUCAGUCGAUACUCUUUCCCUUCCCGGCUCCCUUCCUGGCUCCCUUCCUGGAUCCUAUUUCCCCAUGGGCUCGCCAGGUAUUUGCCCUUCCACUGCCACGUGUAUGUGUAUCUACUUCCCGCGUACGUGUUCCUCCUUGGUUUGCACCCGAUCAGAAACCAUCCCACCCGAAAUUUUUUUGUAACACACGUUCACACUCAACGGCCCGUCCAUGGACUUCGCACUCCCUCCUUCUUUCCUCACUUUCUCAUUCCAUUCCAUUCCGCUCCAAUUCUCAUCGUACUCCAGUUGCAUAGAAAGCCUUCACUCGCGUUUUCCAUAACAUAUCCACGGAACUGUCAACAUGAGCGGAAGAGACCGUCUUGCCGAUUUUCAGGCCCAGUCCCCCUCGCAAGGAACCAAUAACCAAGGCUAUGGCCAACAGCCCCAUGGACAAUAUGGCCAACAACAAUACCAACCCCAGCAGCAGCAGUAUGGACAGCAGCAGUAUGGGCAGCAGCAAUACGGUCAACACCAGUAUGGUCAACAACAGUACGGCCAGCAGCAACAGUUCGCUCAACAGCAGCAAGCCCAGUAUCAACCGCAACCGCAACAGCAGUACCCGCAACCUACACGUAUUGAGAUGGGUUCUGUCUCCUCUCCCUCCAAUGAUAUGAACGCAUUUUUCAGCGAGGUCACUUCGAUUCAAGAUGACAUCUCACGACUGGAGCAAAACAUCACCCGGAUUGAAGAACUUCAUGAUAUCUCGCUCAACAGUGUGUCGACGGAGGAUCAAGCCGUACGCACCACUCGUCAGUUGGAGGGCAUUACUGCGGAUACAACCCAGCUGUCCAACAGGAUCAAGAAGAGGAUCAAAGAUAUUGAACUUGCCAAUUUGCGAUUGGCCAGCUCUGCUGACAUUCAGAUUCGCAGGACGCAAGCCAAAGCACUCAAGGAAAAGUUCCUGACGACUCUUCGUCGAUACCAGACAGCAGAGAGCGAGGCGCGUAAAAAGUACCAGAAUCGCAUGGAGAGACAGUACAAGAUUGUCAAGCCGGAUGCAACACAGGCGGAAGUUGCACAGGUCCUGGAGGGCGAUAACCAGCAGGUCUUUGCUCAAUCGGUUCUUCAAAGUACCCGUUACGGCGACGCGAACCGCGCGCUCCGCGAGGUUCAAACCCGGCACGACGACAUCAAGAAGAUUGAAAAGACCAUCCUCGAACUACAACAACUCUUUAUCGAUAUGGAGACGCUUGUAACAGAUCAAGGGGUGGUUAUGGACUCGGUUGAGCAAAACACGCAACAGGCGGACACCAACCUUGAGUCUGGUAACCAGCAGGUGGAUAGUGCCAUUACGAAUGCCCGCGGGGCCAGAAGAAAGAAGUGGAUUUGCCUGAUUAUCAGCAUCAUCCUCCUGAUCAUCAUCGUUCUUAUCGUCCUGAAGGUGACCAACGUCAUUUAAAGAUCGUUCUCCUAUUCUAUCCCAGCAUCAGCCGAGCUACUGAGUCGUGUGCGGACCCUCCUUCUACGGUAGACUUUCGUGCCGCAGUCCUAGUCCUAAUCAUUGAGUCUCUUCGCGACCAUAGCCUGCUCUCGCUGCUGAUUCCGCUUUUGUUACUUUGAUAUCUCUAAUAUAUACUCGUACGCUUCUUGCUUCUUCAUAAUACUACGAGAAGGAGCAUGAGCUACCUAAGCUUUGUGGCGUGCCAUGGCAGAUGCUUUAUUUAUCAAUUUCCUGCUAUCGUUUCGGUGGAAAUAUGGCUAAUGAGUACUGUUUUGUGUGUUGACAGGCUA